ACCUUCUCCAAGAACUACAUGUUUGAUUUUGUAUAUAUUGGAACUACAAGAGACUCAACAGUGACUGUUUCAUUAGCAGAAGAGUUUUCAAUUCCAAGUCCUUGAAUUCUCAUCUCCUGUGCUCAAUUUUAUCAAUACCAGCCUGGCUUCUGAAAAAUUAAAAAUCGACAACAUUGGGCAUUUCUUGAACAGCUGCUCCAGGGACUCCACAUCUCCACAGUUUGAUUUAGCACGUAAUUGAACUGCAAGAGACUUCUGACUGUUUCAUUAGCCAAAAGAUAUUUUGGUACCAAGACCCUGAAUUCUCAUCUCUUGUGCUCGAGUUUAAUUCUAAGGAAACAAGAAGAUGGACAAUUCUACCGAUAUGCUAGAUCAUGACCUGUCACCUACAGAUGAUUAUGACAAUUUUGCAGCGCCGAUGUACAAUGAAGCUUCCAUUAAAUUUUAUUACAAUUUGGUGCCACCACUUUACUCUUUGGUAUUCAUAUUUGGCCUUCUGGGCAACACACUUGUUAUACUGAUCCUCAUCAGAUACAAGAAACUCAAGAGUAUGACUGAUAUCUACCUGCUCAAUUUGGCCAUUUCUGACUUGCUUUUCAUUUUCUCCCUCCCGUUUUGGGCAUACAAUGCAGCACAUGAGUGGAUAUUUGGAGAUGCAAUGUGCAAGAUCCUAUCAGCCAUUUAUGAUGCAGGCUUCUGCAGUGGAAGUUUCUUUAUCAUACUUUUGACUAUUGAUAGAUAUUUGGCAAUUGUUCAUGCAGUGUAUGCAUUAAAAGUUAGGAGAGUUGUCUAUGGUGUCAUCACAAGUGGUAUCACAUGGGGUGUGGCAUUCUUGGUCUCUGUACCAGGGUUUAUAUUUGUCAAGAGCCAAAAAGAACUUAAGUGGACCUGCAGAUCUCAUAAUCCAGGAAAACUGAAGGAAUUUGUAACAUUAGUGACACUCAUUUUGGGACUUGUCAUCCCAUGGAGCAUUAUGGUCUUCUGCUACAUUCAGAUAAUAAAGAUCUUGAUAAAGCGUAAGAAUGAGAGAAGGCAAAAGGCAAUUAGGCUGAUUUUUGUGAUCAUGAUUGUGCAUUUCAUCUUCUGGGUGCCAUACAACAUCGCCAAUCUGCUGCAUACCUAUCAAUAUUCAUUUUUCUCAUGUAGCUCUACUUAUAAAUGUGAGGACAUUUUUGGUUUAGCAGUCCAAGUGACACAAAUCAUUGCUGUAUCCCACUGUUGCAUCAACCCUGUGAUCUAUGCAUUCAUGGGGGAAAGGUUUAGGAAAUAUCUCUCUAUUCUUUUGCAAAACCACAUAGCAUUUCCUCUCAGGAGGCUCUGUCCCGGUCUUGCUCAACCUAGUUUGGAACGGUCUACUUCCUCCUCCAUCACACAUGAAAAUGUCAUUUCUAUUGGCUUGUGAAAUGUGUUGAUUUUUACCAUUCAUCAUAGCCAAGCUCUUCGUGGAAUUUCAGGGUUUAAAAUUUUUUUUCUAUAUGUACCAAAUUUGAGGAUAUUAUCACACUUUCCACUCUGUUUACAUUUCAUUGGUCCACUGAAUUAUCUUCCUUUCAGCAAGAAUCUAUUAUCAAUGCAGAUUCAUUUGGAAAGCUUGUUCACAGUUGGAGUAACAAGGCAAAGAACUAGGAACAUGGUAUAGUAAUCUUCUUCAAGAAAAAUUAACAAUGUGUUCAUCUAUAUGAAAGGAUAAAACUGGCCAGGUCUGUCCAGAAUAAGUCAGCAACCAUCCAUGAUUUGAUUCUGGAUGAAGGGGCAGACCUGGUAUGUAUUACAGAUACUUGGUUAGGGGAGGCUGGUGGCCCAGUCUGUUCCCAGCUUCUCCCUCCAGGGUACUCUGUUGAAGAGCAGGUGCAGGGAUGUGCACAGGGAGGUGGAGUGACUGUGAUCUGUAAGAAUAACCUCUCCCUGACCAGGAUCCCUGUUGAAGUGUCUGACCAUGUUGAAUGUGCAUACCUAAGUUUGGGGACCAGGGAUAGACUGGGACUUCUGUUGGUGAACCGAUCGCCCCGCUGCCCAUUGGAGUCCCUAACUGAGCUGAUGGACUUCGUCUUGGGUCUUCUCCACUGCUGCCCCAAGGCUCUGGAAUGCACUCCCUGAUGAAAUAAGAGUUUCCCCAUCUCUUACAACUUUUAAAAAGGCAGUCAAGACACAUUUGAUUCACCCAGGCUUUUAAUUAGAUACUGUUUUAAUUGUUUGAUUAUUUUUAAUUGUUUUAACAUUGUUUUAAGUUUAAAAUUGUCAUGUUUUAGCCUUUUUACUUGUUGUUUUUAUUGUUUUGUUGUAAACUGCUCAGAGACUUGCAUUUUGGAUGGUAUAUUGUAUUCUACCAAAGAAAACCACAUGGCUCUGUGGUCGCCAGGAGUCAACACCAAUUCAAGGGCACAAGUUUACCUUUAUCUUUGCAAAUAUGUUAAAUAAAACAA